CGCAAAUCAAGUUCACAUUACAGUGGUCCACUUCUCACAACACAUUAAGCUAAAUCGCUCUUGCCUUGCUUGACCUUCAGUGUGUUUUGCAAAUUGACUCCUGCCAUGACUCGUCCAGAAUCAUCACUGUGAUUUAAACCAAGUUUCCAUGAACGCAGGUGAUAUUAUUUGAAAGGAAAAAGAAAAAAAAAAGGCAAGUGCCUGGUAGCUUUACUCAAGAUUGAUGUCCAAAUUGCUUUAUUCAAGAUUGAGGUCUUCUGUGCCCAGAGGUUCCAGUCCACCUGCCAGGAGAGAAUAUGGCCGACAGAGCAUCACAGGAAGUGUACAUAGUUUCCAUAGCAACCUCCUAACAGCCAAACAAGCACAUAAGAAGAAACAAGCAGAGAGAAAAAGAGAAGAACUGUGACAUUUGGGAGAACCCUGGAUUAUGCCUGCUGCUCUCGUCCCCCAACAUGACAGGCCCAAAAAACCAAAGUGCAGAACCAUUCAUGAGGCUGUCAAAACUGGGAACAUCAAACAACUGGAUGAAAUGGUGACCUUUGGUAUCAGCAUUAAUGAGGUGGAUCCAGUCUAUAAGUUUACACCUCUGCACUGGGCAGCCCAUUCUGGAAGUUUGGAGUGUCUUCACUGGCUUCUCUGGCAUGGAGCCGAUCAGACUUCAGUGACUGUAAGAGGAUGGACAGCAGCUCAUCUGGCUGCAAUUAGAGGCCAAGAUGCCUGCAUGCAGGCCCUUCAACUCAAUGCUGUGAAUCUAGGCAUUCCAGAUGACUUUGGGUGUACUCCAGCACAUCUUGCAGCGACCCAUGGACACUCAUUCACUUUACAAACCAUACUCCGGAGUGGGGUGGAUGUCAACGCUUCUGAUAAGAAGGACUGGAAACCUAUACAUAACGCUGCUUUCUACGGCCGGUUGGGCUGCCUCCAGUUUGUGGUCAGAUGGGGAGCGACUUUAGACGAGGCAGAUAAAGAUGGAAAUCUUCCAGUUCACCUGGCGGCCAUGGAAGGCCACCUGCACUGCUUUAAAUAUUUGGUGAGCAAAAUGCCCACGUUGGUCCAUGCCUUGAAAGCCCGGAAUGACCAUGGAGAGACCCCACGAGAUUUGGCCGAGAGAUUCCACAAGGAAAACAUCCUGGCAUACAUUGACAGUCUAGAGGAGAAGGAAGAUACUUUGGACAAGGAAGAAAAUUUAAGCUUUCCAGGGCACGAUGCUGCUUUCAGAGGAGACCUGGACACCUUAAGAAUGCUACUCGAAAAUAAAAUCAUCAAUGUUAACGAACGGGAUAACCGAGGAUCAACCCUCCUCCACAAAGCCGCCGGAAAAGGCCAUUUACAUAUCCUAGAGUGGCUGAUUAACAGGGAAGCCGACUGCAAUAUUGCCAACGAUGCUGGGGAAACACCCAAAGAUGUUGCAAAGAGGUUUGCCCAGCUGGCUGUUGUGGCGUAUCUGAAAAACAAGAUGGGGAAUGACUCAGAUUUGGAAAUUGACGUAAAAGAUGAAACGUUUUUUGAACAUCACGGUGUGGAAGGGAGUACAGAUAACAAGGGAGAUCUGAAGGAAGACAAACAAGAGAAAACUGACACUCGUGAAAGAGCCUACCGAAAAGUGGAAGAGUUGCAAGGUCUCCUAGAAAUGGCCCUCAGCAACUUCAAGCAGCUUGGAGGUAUCACUCCCCAGGAAAGGCAGACCAAACUGGAAGAGAAAAGGCUCAAAAGGACCAUCUCUGAGCUGAAAGAGCAGCUGGAAUAUGAGCAGAUGCGACGGGAGAAGUUGGAAGCACAGCUGGAUGAGGCCCGAGCAGAAAUAGGAAAAUUCAAAGAACUACAAGAAAACAACGCGAUGCCUCCAACCCAUACGCUCUCUGUGGAAUCAUUGGCUUUUCCUAAAGAAGUAUCUGACCCAGACAAAGCAUCCUCCGAUUUGCCUAAAGUGAGUUUUGACACCAAGAAAGAGAAGAAAUUGAAGAAAAGGCCUCUCUUUAGCCCUGGAGGUGUGAUUAUAAAAAGAUUCUAAGAAAAACAAGUAGUAAACAUUUUACUCAAAGGAAAAUUACAUUCAGUUGGCUUCCCAGACAAUCCUCAGCAUGAAAGGUGAACUAACAAUGCCAAAUUCUUAACUAGUCAAAGCACGUCUGUUUUUUUGGCAUCAUAAAUAUAUUGUCUUACCAGAAUCUGAAUGGAAAAAGUUUAUUACGUAUCACCUGUCUGUGUGCACAGGUCCACCUGUCGAAAAUCAAGUGACAUCUAAGCUUGCGUGGGUGUUGAUUUAAGGAGGCAUUUUUUUAUGGCCCCAUAGCCUGUGUCAACUUCCUCCUUCAAAUUCCAGAUUAAUCCAAGCUCUUGAACAUCAUUUUUGUGCAACCUUUUAAAUGUGAAAUUUUCACAGCCCUCAGAAUGAAAUUCUUGUAGUUUGGAGGCAAUCGUGCUUUUUAACCCGUUUUGAGCUUUCCAAAUUUGGAAAGGCUGCCUCUGAACCAGGAUGCCAUUACAGGUAAGGGUUUUUAAAAUGCACUGCUAAUUAUUGUACCCUGGCUUGUCAUUAAAUAUUAACCUUUUUUUUAAAAAAAGAAAACUUCCAAUGCUUAUGUUGCCCCUUAGCCAAGGCUCAGUGAAAUUUCUGCUGUACAGUGGAGACGCUAAUAAACUCAACAAUUUAAUAUGAGUGAUGCAUCUGUCUUAUUGUACAUCAGCAAGUCCAAGAACUCUGGCAGAGAUGGUUGAAAAUACAAGAUUUGUUUGCUUCUACAUGAAAACUUCUUCUAAAAAGGGGGGAAAUUGGGAAAAAUGGGCUUACAAGAAUUCAAAGGAAUUGCUGAAGGCCAUCCUGGUGAUAUGAGACAGGUUGGUUCGCAAAGUGUAGGAAGGGACUGGACAAUCAAGCAACUCUGGAAUAAUUGUAGCCAUGUGGUCAGCAAAUGUUUAAUAUUAAAACAGAGACAUUCACUUCCAAGAACUUUGGUUUGUAAAAUUCAGCAACAAGAAUGAUUUCUGAAGAAAUUCACUUUCCUUGUGCUUUGGGGCCACUGUCCCAACCCACCUCCCUUCAACGUGUGAGAGUAAAAAUACAAUUAUUUCUCCAACAUCUGGAAAGCACAAUAGGAGGCCAGACUAUUUUAUAGAACUACAAAACACAAUACUGCAUUAAAAAAACAAACAAACAAUAACAAUCUGUCUGAUGCACGUAUUUGAGGGGAAUAAAGCAGCUGGCGAUGCAUACUUAAAUCUUCCCUUCGCAAAGGAAAACAUCUGGCAGCUUUAAGCACCCUGUAUUUUGUGGAUAACGCAAGAUAAAAAGCAGAAAAUAUAGCUCUGGAAAGGAAGGUUUAAAGUUUCCUGGGAAUUAAUGUGGUAUUUUAAAGGAUAUCUUCAGUAAUAAUAAUAAUAGUAAAUCCUUCCUUUCUCUCGCUCACAUCAGAGCUUCUGAAACUGUCUUUUCAACGUGAUAUCUCGAUAUUCUGGAUGAAUUGGGAAAGGCUA